UCUGAUCUCAGAGGCAAUCUGAGCGCCAGGAGCACGCAGACAGCACAGGGCUCUGCAGCCCGACCCGCAGCUCCAAGCGUUGGGGUACGUGGGACCCCCACAGUGCAGCCAUGCCAAAGGGUGGGACUGCAGCUGUUGGAAGGAGGCACAGCCUGUGCUCCUAGUUGGACUUCCUGAGACAGAAGGAGGGCAGCGGAGGAUGCGGUCUGGGAGAUGAGUGGCACUGAGGAUGACAGCCGCUGUCAGAAGGCAGUUCGCAUCAUCACCGAGCUGUGCAGGAAGAAAAGCCUUCCUGCCCUGCAUCUGGACACGUGCAGGGAAUUCCUUCUGCCUUCAGACCAGAGCCUGAGCAUCUCCGAGCCAGAGCUCUCCGUCAGCCUCCUUGCAGUGAUAGUUAUUGUGUGUGGACUGGCCCUGGUGGCAGUUUUUCUGUUUCUCUUUUGGAAGCUGUGCUGGGUUCCCUGGAGGAACAAGGCCCUUUCUUCUAACCUGGCCGUCUUGCAGAGCGAGGCAGACUACAAUAAGGAGAACAUGGCAGACAAGCUCCAGGACACAGGCACCAUCAGCUUCCUGGAGGCAGCUGUGAAAAUCAGCCACACGUCACCAGACAUCCCUGCAGAGGUGCAGAUGUCCAUGAAGGACCACAUCCUGCGGCGCACGCGGAUCCAGAGGCAAACAACAGAGCCUGCAUCAUCCACCAGGCACAUCUCCUUCAAAAGACACCUUCCACGACAAAUGCACGUAUCCAGCAUGGAUUAUGGCAUGGACCCACCCCCCGUCGCCGAGCAGCCGACCAGCAUCGGCCGCAUUAAGCCUGAGCUCUACAAGCAAAAAUCUGUUGACUCCGAGGACCCCAAAAAGGAAGCAGCAAAAACCUGUGGGAAAAUUAACUUCACUCUCAAGUACGACUAUGAGAACGAGACGCUGACUGUCCGAAUUCUCAGGGCUUUUGAUUUGCCAGCCAAAGAUUUCUGUGGCAGCUCAGAUCCCUAUGUGAAGAUCUACCUCCUGCCCGACAGAAAGCGCAAGUUCCAGACACGGGUGCAUAGGAAGACCCUGAACCCCACCUUCGACGAGUCCUUCCAUUUCCCUGUGCCCCACGAGGAGCUGGUGAGCAGGAAGCUCCACCUGAGCGUCUUUGACUUUGACAGGUUCUCCAGACACGACAUGAUAGGAGAAGUUAUCUUGGAGAACCUGUUUGAGGACUCGGAUCUCUCCAGGGAGACUUCCAUCUGGAAGGACAUUCAGUAUGCGACAACGGAAAGCGUGGACCUGGGAGAGAUCAUGUUUUCCCUUUGUUAUUUGCCAACUGCAGGUCGCCUCACCUUAACAGUCAUUAAAUGCAGGAAUCUCAAAGCGAUGGACAUCACCGGUUACUCAGAUCCAUAUGUCAAAGUCUCUUUGCUAUGUGAUGGUCGAAGACUGAAAAAGAAGAAAACUACCAUAAAGAAAAAUACACUUAAUCCUACUUAUAAUGAAGCAAUAAUCUUCGACAUUCCCCCAGAGAACAUGGAUCAAGUCAGCCUGCUCAUCUCUGUCAUGGAUUAUGAUCGAGUGGGACACAAUGAGAUAAUUGGGGUUUGCCGUGUGGGGGUCAACGCGGAAGGACUGGGGAGAGACCACUGGAACGAGAUGCUGGCGUACCCACGCAAGCCCAUUGCACACUGGCAUCCAUUAGUGGAAGUAAAGAAGUCCUUCAAAGAGUGGCAAGGCCGAGCAGCGAGCUUUGACAGCCAGAGCUCCUGUCCUUCUCCCAAACCACCUCCCACGCCAUGAUGUGCAGAGAUGGGACUCCGCAAUGUUACCGUGCGCCUGCAGCCUCAGCCUUGCAUUGCUGAGUGGUGGGGGCAGCAGCCAGACUUCCCAGCCUCGUUGUUCCUGUGUAAGUAAAGGCAGAAACCCGUUCUGUAGUCAACACGUCUUUGUCUAAUAGGUCUCCCAAAGUGAUGUGUUCCUUUUGUGGCUUUACCGUCCGGACCCGUAUUAAGAGGAAGAAAGCAGACUGAGAUGUAAGCUGGAAGUUUGGUCUCUUAAACAGUUUGUAAUCUGUACGAAGGCUGGAAAUGUGCAAAGAUGUUUUGAGUUCCUACAGACAGCACACGUGGCCGGGAAGCAGCCGCCUGGCCCUGCUGUGCUGCAGGCUGGGUCUGCUUGGGUCAGAGCUGGGGGGACGUGGGAAGGCUUCUCCUGGUCUGUGAGCAGCUCAGUGCUGUGAUGGCUCAGCCCGAGCUCAGCACUGUGUGUACAGGUCUCCUGUUGGUGUAGAGGUGUUCAUGAGCCGUUACAAGUGUGUGCAGUGUGUGUCUCCAAUUCCUUUUGUCAUAUAUUCAAACAAAACAAAAAGCUGUUGAUUCCUCAGGGGGAAAACCUGCUUUUCUGUAUCUGAAGCCUCCCUAGAGCUAUUUGCAUGAACACUUUCUUAAGAUGCCCUUUGUAGCUGCUGCUCAUUGCUCUGAACAUCACCACGUUACCUGGAGUGGAGAGAACUGUGUUGUUGUUGUGAGCAGAGCUCGGAUGUGAAGGGGAAACGGUGCUUUGCUGUUAUAUAUAAAAUAGGUGAGAUCCUCACAUGAACACUAGAUCCUUCUUUCCUACAUUGUCCCACUCAUAGGAGGUGAACAAAAGGGUAAUGCAGAAACACAGCUGCUGCUGAAAACUGCCACAUGCUUUUCCUGAACAAUCAGCACUUCCCAGUGAAUUGAGUUUUGAUGCCCAAACCCUGGAGGAAGGUCAAGUUUGGAAAGAUGAAACUUUCCUGAUCCCAGGGCUGGAGAGGCCAACAGUGAGCACAGCUCUGCAGGAGCAGCUCGUUGAGCUCAUCUUUAUCAGAUAGCUGCAGCUGGACCCUCUCACACCUUGGAUUUCUCUCUCAGUUGCUAAAUGCAUUAGUGCUGUUUGUUCUGCCGUAAUUCAAUCAAGCCAGUUAAAAUAUUUUGCUUUCGAGUUGAAGCAAAAUUUGCUAGAAAGGCAGCGUUUCCCCUCAUGCCAGGUUAGCGGUAGCUGCAUCCAUCAAGUCAGCUUCAGUUUGCAUUUUCCUAAAUGUCACAGCAUCAGCCUUGGCUGAGCAUCACUGCUGUGAGCACAGAGGAUGCUUAUUUGCACCGUUUUUCUGGGUAACACAAAUCCUUUGUUCAAGUGAUGGACAAAUGUGUACUUUCUCAUCACACCUCGUGUCUUAAUUCUCUUCUUCAUCUGCUACAUGCUAUAGAAGCCGAAACUCAAUAAAAUUGUUUCAUUUGUAA